AGACUGCACAGCUCAUUCAACUGGGAGCCACUACCAGAAUUAACAAAGCACUGCCCAACGGGGAACACCUUCAUUCUUGAUGCUACACGUUGGAUUGACAGUCGUUCUUUCCCUUUCCUAAAAUGUCCUGCUGUGACAAGCUAUGGGCAGUUUUUAACAGGCAUACAAGCUAGAUAACGCCCAUGUGUGACAUCACAACCCCCGCCCACAUUUGAUCACAUGGCUGUGACAUCAGGACUUCCUCACAGCCACUCUGUGGUGCUGCUGCGGCCCAUCUAGAGAAGGAACAGGAGAUCUGAAUGUAGAAUUGUUGUGGUGCAGGUUUUAAAUGCCAGAAAGAAUCUGGAAGUGUUUGCAAAGAGGUAUUCCCUAAAGAGAGAAUAACAUACCGUCAGAUUACUUUUCAUUGCUAUUUAUGAAAUGGAGCUUCCAAACUACAGCAGACAGCUACUGCUGCAACUACACACGUUGUGUAAAGAGCAGAAGUUCUGCGACUGUACAAUUUUUAUUGGUACUUUUCAUUUUCGAGCCCAGAAGCUUGUGCUUGCUGCUGCCAGUUUACUGUUUAAAUCAUUGCUGGAAAGUACUGACACUAUAUCCAUAGAUGCUUCAGUCGUUACUCCAGAUGAAUUUUCCUUACUGUUGGAAAUGAUGUACUCGGGGAAGCUGCCUCCUGGAAAACACAAUUUGACAAAAAUCAUUUCGGUUGCAGAUAGUCUGCAAAUGUUCGAUGUGGCCGUGAGCUGUAAAAACCUCAUGACCGAGCUUAUGAGUCAGUUACAAGAGAGUUCAGUCCAGUCAAUAACUGUAAAUAAAACUGAAAUUUUCUCUAAACAGAACACCUUGAAUUUAAAAAAUGAUAUUACUAGUGAACCUACGCCUGCCGAGCAAAAAGUUUCUCCAGUUUCAACAGCAGCUCCCUAUGUUGCUCCUGCUGAAAAACCAAACGUGGACAAAAGUCCAGACAUCCCUGAAGUUACUAGGCUGCUAGAGACUGAAGCUGAGUUGCACACAGCCAACAAUUUAUUUGAUGAAACAUCUACUGAGACGGCACCUUCUUUGGUAAAUAAUGAAACAAAUAUCUCCUCACAGAUCUCUGAGAGUUUGUCUGUAACUCCCGAAACUGAGACUGUUCCAGAAAAAUUAGUCGAAGUGUCCGAUCCAGAUGCAGAUGACAAUAUAACAAGCCUUCUGGAAACUGAAAUUGUGUCGUGUGUUUCCGAAGUGCAAAAUAAUAGUCAUGAGGUUGUUGAGGAAGAAAGUAAAGAAAAGGUUACAGAGUCUGACUUAAUAUCAAAGGAUUCUUGCAUCACGGAAAUGUUAUGCUUCCCUAUCCAAACUGAUAAACCAGUUCAAAUAGAGGAGGAAGCUGAACCUGCUAUGAAGAAAAGAAGAUUGAAUGAACCAGAAACAGAUGCAAGUUCUGGUGAGUUGGAUUUUCUAAUACGUUAUGAAAGCAUCUUCAGUGAAGCCCUUUCAGACCCUCAGAGUGUAAUAGAAAAUCUGCAGAGGUGUCGGCAAAUUAAAGAAGCUGAAAAGCAGGCAGUGAUGGAGUGUUGCCAAGCAGAAGAGGGUAGUUCCACUUUUGCAAAACUUCUAGAAAAAGUUAAACAUGGACAAAGCAUUGUUGUUGACACGGUCCUGGCUUUGCUGAAAUUGUGCAGGCAUACAAAUCCAAGUGUUAAUAAAGCACUCCUAGAGAAAGAACCAGUGGAAAAAGAAACCUCUCUAAAAGAAGAACCUGUGUUAACUGAAGAAAAGGGCAAAUCUUUAUUUGAACUAUUGUUGGAGCACAAAGAGGACCUUAUACAGUGCAUCACAGAGCUCAGUCCUAUUAUUGAGUGUUUGGACACAGCAGAAGAAGGAUUUCUCAGCACCCUUGAGAAACAGGUGAUUAUUGAUUGCUGUGAAGGUGGAUCACAUAGAGACGCCAUGGAGAGACUAGUGAGGAAAGCAUCAGAAACAAAGACAUUGAGUCCCAAUAGCCUGGUAAAACUUCUACAAGCUGUGAGGGAAGCAUUUCCUGAUCUGCAUGUUUUGCUGGAGAUGCUGGAGCCACAAAGCAGAAAUCCCUGUUUAAAAGAUAAAAUGACCACAACUGAUUACGGAGCAGAGUUGUUAAGACAAUAUCAGGAAAAUUUCUCUGAGGUGGUAACAGAUUCUGAGUUGAUGCUCAGUGCCAUCGCAACAGCUGUUAAUUUAACUACCCAUGAAAAAGAGGUAAUGGAAAAGGUUGUGAAGAAAAAUACCACCUCAAAGAUUUUCAGCACGUUUACGUCCUUGGUUCUGGAUGAACAAACGUUGGCUGUCAUAGCUCUUUGGCAGCUGCUCCUAGCAAUGCAAGAGUCGAAUCCAUCUCUGAAGUCACUGAUUGAAGAGAUUCGUAAAGAGCCUGGAGCAGAUGUUUUCUUUCAGAGUGUAAUCAACAGAGGAAAUGAAGCAGCAGAAGUACUAGUGCGCUACAGUAAUUUAAUCACGCAAGCUUUCGGACAAUGUGAUAUUCUCAGCAUUGUACCCCCAGAAGACACAGCGUUGACAGAUUUGGUUAAGGAGCUACUAACGGUGCCGCAGCAGAAUGAAGACUCUGAGCUUCCUUCAAAGACUCUUUUGAGUUCAACACUGCAGCAUGCUGUACCGGCCAUGUCAUUCUGCAAUUUGCUUGUCAAUGUUAAGAGUUCUUCUCCAAUUCUUCAACCAGUGAUGAAGGAAUUAAAGCAGCUAGGAAUACUUAUGGAUGGAGAAGAGCACAUUCAAGGUGUAAGCAGGUGGAAUGUUAACAGUAAAUGCCAGCUAGUCGUUGUCGAUGAUAGUGCUGAGGGAAACGAUGAAGAAGAACAGACAAAAGAUGAUGAAAAUGAAGAAAGGGAUUCCAGUAAAGAUUCGGUGCAGGAAAAGAGUUCCUCCAAAAAGAACUUUAUCUGCAAGUCCUGUGACAAGAUUUUCCUUUUCCGCUGCCGUCUGGAAGUGCACAUGAAGCGUUGUCGAAUGGCAAAGCGAAAUCCUUUACAAUGCAAAGAUUGUAAUGAGAUUCAGUCUUCUAGAAAGGAACUAGACCAGCAUCGAGAAGUCGUCCACGGCUGCUUGGCUUCUUCCCGUACAAAUAAAGGGAGAAGGAGAUUGCUUGUGACAUGCGAUAUCUGUGGCAAAGAGUUUGCCCAUCCUUCAGGGCUUCAGUACCACAAAAGGACAGAGCAUUUUGAUGAGAAGCCUUUCACCUGUGAUGAAUGCGGUGCCAAGUUUGCUGCCAAUUCCACACUUAAAAACCAUCAACGUCUUCAUACAGGGGAGCGACCGUUUGUCUGCAAGCAUUGUGACAUGACCUUUACCCAGGCAGCUGCACUUUCCUACCAUACAAAGAAGAAACAUUCGGAAGGAAAAAUGUACGCGUGCCAGUAUUGUGAUGCUGUCUUUGCACAAUCCAUUGAACUCACCAGACACGUUAGGACACAUACAGGAGACAAGCCAUACGUCUGUCGCGAAUGUGGGAAGGGUUUUAGCCAAGCCAAUGGCCUUUCCAUACACCUAAGAACAUUCCAUAAUAUUGAAGAUCCUUAUGACUGCCAGAAAUGUAGAAUGAGUUUUCCUACCUUGGAAGAGAAUAGGCAACAUAUACAAGUUGUGCAUUCCAAGGAAUACCACCCAUGCCCAACGUGUGAUAAAAUCUUUAGUGCUCCUUCCCUGCUCGAACGCCACAUUGUCACCCAUGUGGGAGGGAAACCCUACAAUUGUGAAAUCUGUGAUAAAGCUUAUCAGCAAUUGUCUGGCUUGUGGUAUCACAAUCGCACCCAUCACCCGGAUUUGUUUGCUGCUCAGAAUCAUCGUUCCUCCAAGUUCUCAACACAGUGCAGUUCCUGCGACCAGACCUUUCCAAACACAGCACUACUACAAAAACAUACAAAAGCGGAGCAUCCCGAUGGUAAAGUAUAUGAAUGUGAUCAUUGCAAACAGACAUACCCAACUUCUGCAGCACUGCAAGUGCACAUCAAGUGCAAACACUCAGGAACAACCGUGACAAUGCAAUGGACACAGCCAUUCCAUUGUCUUUAUUGUAAUGAUAGUUUUCAGUUCCCUGGAGCCUUACAGCACCACGUUGCCACCGAACAUUUCCACGAGACCGAGAACACGUUUGGCUGUGAAAUUUGCGGGGAGCUCUUUACCGUUCACUCUCAGCUAGAAAGACACUAUGAAACAGAUCACCCUGAAGUUGUGCUCACAGAAAAUGAAACUGCAGAUACACAAGUGGUACAGGUAAUUCAGACACAGGACCAAGUAGCGUCUACAGAGCAAGUGAUAACUUUGGACGAAUCUCACCUGGCAGGCUCCCAAGUGAUAGUAGCGCUACCAGAUACUCAGGUCAAUCAAACUACUACACAACUGGUCGCUGUCAGCAUGGAGGAUUUGUUGGAUGGUACAGUCACUCUAAUUUGUUCAGAUCCAGUACCAGGAGUUGCCACAAAGAACUCAAAGUUAGAGUAACUGUGAUAUAUCCAUAUUGCAGAUCUGGACUACUUUUAUACCACUUGCAGACCAUUUAUUCGUUGCCGUGCCACUUCUUUUUUUAUUUGUUUUACCAUUUUGUUCAGUUUUCAUUUCUUUACCCCACUUUCUUAGAAUUCGUCAUUACAAUUUGAGAUCAUGUUAUAGAUUUUUUUUCCCUUUAAUUAUAGAUUUGCUCUUUUUUUGGGGGGAUGGAUCCCCUGUACCUGGCUCUUCUUUUUCCAAUCCAGUUUUCUGCAUAUAAGUUGGAUGAAAAAAAUGGAACCUCUUCUUUGUCUUUGCAUUUCUCUGCACUAUGUUCAGACAACUUUUAAAAUACGUAUGUAGUUUCAUCACUGCAGCAGUCCUUUAAUCCUCUGUGAGGAGAGACGCAAUACACAGAAGAGUCUAUAGAGAUGCAAAUCCACAUAUCUUCAAGCCAAGGAAAAAAUGUACUGCCCGCAAUCUGCUUGCACUAAAUGGCCGGUGUUUAGCUUAGAGUUCAACAGCUCACGGCUGCCAAACCCCAUCCUGAAGAUUUUCUUUCCUUCAGAAAAAAGUUUAUGUUCAUUUGAGAUUUAGAAAUGAUUUAAUAAAACAUAUCUUAGCCAUCAUUUCUUUUCUAGUUUAUAAAACAUUCAUAUAUAUGUGCUUUUCCGUUCCCUUGGCCGAUUUUGCAACAGAAAGGGCUAUAUCUGCGGCUUCUAAAGUAAUACAACCUUUUUUUAUUUGUAAAGAAACUGAAAACCAAAGAACUGACAUGUGACUACAAAUAAGAAUGGCCUGAAUAGUAAAGGAUUGCCUACACACAGCUCUUCCAAGCUCUUGCAUCAUACCGAGUACAAUAUAGUGCCCUGGAUCAUGUAUUCAUCCCCCUCUCAGCAUUUGUUAGGCUGCCUCUCAUAUGACAGAAAUGAAAAAUCUAUUUACAGGUUAGAAAUUGUCUCUUCGCUACAAUAAUGCAUUUAUGAACAAGUCCCAGUACUGUUAUGUAAUUAUGCUCUCACGUUAUUCUUCAGCACUGAAGUGGUCUAUAAAAUAAUAUUGUGAAAUUAUUAAAAAUGUAUAUAUUUCUAUUUAACAAGAGCUUUAUAUCUUUGCUUUAUGGCGGCUAUUCGUUUUAGUUAACAGGCUUGUGUGCCCCGGUUAUCUACACAAAUAUGAAAGAAGAACCUUAUGAAUGACCUUCGUAUUGGGGCACCUUUUAUUGGUAACGUUGCAGUUGUCAUGCUUGUUUGAAACACAAUCAGAUGUCGUCUUUUUAUAUUGUCAUGUCAUAUGCAUUUUAUUCAGUUUUUUUAACUAAUGAAGGAAGUAUUCAUUUUUGGAUGUAUGAUCACAUUUUUUGUAACAUAGUAUUUUUUGUUUCAGCUAUAUAUUUAAAAAGAGUUCAUUAUUGAUUCUUAUAUCCUAACUAAAGGCUAGUAAAUCAUUUUAUGACAUGCAUGUUUCUGAUCAGCCAAAUAUUACAGUAGCCCUAUGAUUUAACAUUUAUGUUUCCCCCUUAGAUACAUAUAUACAAUAAAUGCAGCCGUACCCAAGCCGAAUAUCACAAUUGCUAAUUGUCAAUUUGAGAAGAGUAAAGGUCCCUUUUUCUAGAGUAAUGAAUCCCGUUUCAUCAUCUGGCAGUCAGACUGACGAAUCUGGAUUUGGAGAUGCCAAGGGAACGAUACCUGCCUAAAGGUGUAAUGACAACAGUAAAGUUUGUCAGAGGGAAGGUUAUUUGUCAUGGUUUAGGCCAGGUCCCGUCUGAGAUUCAAAAUAGGCCUUGACGUUUGAAGUACACAGAGGCCCAAUAAAUAGUGUCUGUCUAUGGCAUCUAACAGCAGUCGCCCAAGAUUUUCAGUACAGGCCUGACUAUGGCACUUGCUUCCAGUGAAAGCAACCCUUUUCACUACAGCAUAGAAGGGAAGUUCUUUCUUCAACAUUUUAACAUCCGUACAGAAAUGGUUUGCUGAGAAGAACUUUACUGUCCUUCACAGAGCCGGACUCAGCACCAGUGGGAUGAAUGGGAGCUCGGGCUGCAUGCUGGGUCUAAUUGUUAUCCCCUAUUGCUCUAGAGUGGCUAAAUGAAAGUAAAUGUCCCAUUAUCUAGUGGCAAGUCUUUACAGAAGUGCAGAGAUUAUUCCAGAGGAAAAGGUAUGAAUAAGGUCACUUUAAUAUCCUUAGUUCUAAAAAUGACAUGCUACUCAAAAAUGCCACUGGAUACUAUACAGAGUGUUGUUUUAGAUUUUAGUUGAGGAUUGGGCAUACAUGUGUGUAGACAAGCAUUCUUUGUGCAUACCUGGUUAUAUCACAAGUGAGGUUAGAAAAAGACCCUGUUAGAGAUAGGGUUGCCACCCAGCCGGGAUUUUACCAGCCUGGCCGGUAAAACACCUGCCGGGGCCGGUAUUACAAAUUGACCAGCAAUGUCAGAAAAUUUGUAAUACCCCUAAAAAAGGCCCUUGGCCCGCCCCCAAUCUGAUCAAAACGUACUCUUUUUCGCUGCCUUCAGACCAUUGUGUUGUGGCUCCACCCCCUUUGACAUCAUGAUCAGCCCCCUUUGGCAUCACAGCCCACCCCUUUUGUUCCCGCCCCCACCACUGGCCGGUGAAAAUUUUGUUAAAAGGUGGCAACUAUAGUUAGAGAUGAUGCACUUUAGGAAUAAUUAGGUUUUUUUGAUAUCUUACCCUUUAAGUCGCAGUGUAAUGCAGCUCUCUAGAUUUGGAAUCCCCAACCUGUGAGCCACAUUCAUAAUGUAAAUAAAAGUUGGAGUCUAUCUUUCAGAGCACCUGAUAUAAAGAAGUUGAAAUAGUAGUUGUCCUUAUUUAAAGCAAUAUGUGUGAUUUUUUUUCAGAUAUGUUUGUAUUUAGCUGCCUCUAGACUUAU